GGGAGGCGGGUCCCGUUCGUCGGCUCCCGGGGUUCCGGCGCCGCGCGUUUUGGUUCCGGAGUAACAGUGCCCUCGCCGCCGCCUUCCUCCUCCUUUCGCCGCUGCUGCUGCCGCUGCUGCCGUCACCGCCGGGACGCGCGGCCUGAGGCGGCCGGGGCUGAGCCUGCGCGCGCCGCUCGGUCUGUCUCCGUGUGGGGCAGGAGACUCGCCCCCUGACCCUCCCGCGGAGGGCCCCCUCGGCGUUCUAGUGGUCUGGAGGUCCCGGGGCUCCUUCCUAAUAGCCCGGGACUGAGUCUCCUCCAGUCGGGACCUUCUCCUCAUCCCCUGAGGAGGGGCGGACCCCUGCCGCUGUAUCUGCCCCAGACUGGGUCCUUGCUCUGCCAUCUCACACUCACACGGACGGCAGAGAGCUUCACCAGACUGUUUGCCUUCCUUUCCAACUCCAGAACCUUCUGACCUCCGCCAGUUCCUGCUGGCCCCUGCCCGCUUCCCAGUGCGCCCCGCCAGGAGACACCCUCAGACCCCGUACACCCUGGGGCUGGCUCGGUACCUGCGGGCCCCUGCCUGAUCACCCCUUCGCUCUUCAUCACACCCUCAUCCUCCAGUCCCCUGUUUUCACCUUCUGUUCUCUACCCCUCGCUCCCUUUGUCACCUCUUGAAGUCCCUGCCUAACCAGGGGCCAGCCGGUACCCCCCCUGCCCCAAGAUGUGAGCCCCUUUAACCUGUAAUGCUCUGGCUGACCCUUGGCCCCUCCCAUGCCAUGGAGAACCAGGUGCUGGUGAUUCGCAUCAAGAUUCCAAAUAGUGGCGCGGUGGACUGGACAGUGCACUCCGGGCCGCAGUUACUCUUCAGGGAUGUGCUGGAUGUGAUAGGCCAGGUUCUGCCUGAAGCAACAACUACAGCAUUUGAAUAUGAAGAUGAAGAUGGUGAUCGAAUUACAGUGAGAAGUGAUGAAGAAAUGAAGGCAAUGCUGUCAUAUUAUUAUUCCACAGUAAUGGAACAGCAAGUAAAUGGACAGUUAAUAGAGCCUCUGCAGAUAUUUCCAAGAGCCUGCAAGCCUCCUGGGGAACGGAACAUACAUGGCCUGAAGGUGAAUACCCGGGCUGGACCCUCUCAACACAGCAGCCCAGCAGUCUCAGAUUCACUUCCAAGCAAUAGCCUAAAGAAAUCUUCUGCUGAACUGAAAAAGAUACUAGCCAAUGGCCAGAUGAAUGAACAAGACAUACGGUAUCGAGACACCCUUGGUCAUGGCAAUGGAGGCACAGUCUACAAAGCAUAUCAUGUCCCAAGUGGGAAAAUAUUAGCUGUAAAGGUCAUACUACUAGAUAUUACACUGGAACUUCAGAAGCAAAUUAUGUCUGAAUUGGAAAUUCUUUAUAAGUGUGAUUCAUCAUAUAUCAUAGGAUUUUAUGGGGCAUUUUUUGUAGAAAACAGAAUUUCAAUAUGUACAGAAUUUAUGGAUGGGGGAUCUUUGGAUGUAUAUAGGAAAAUUCCAGAACAUGUCCUUGGAAGAAUUGCAGUAGCAGUUGUUAAAGGCCUUACCUAUUUGUGGAGUUUAAAGAUUUUACAUAGAGAUGUGAAGCCCUCCAAUAUGCUAGUAAACACAAGAGGACAAGUGAAGCUGUGUGAUUUUGGAGUUAGCACUCAGCUGGUGAAUUCUAUAGCCAAGACGUAUGUUGGAACAAAUGCUUAUAUGGCGCCUGAAAGAAUUUCAGGGGAGCAAUAUGGAAUCCAUUCUGAUGUCUGGAGCUUAGGAAUCUCUUUCAUGGAGCUUGCUCUUGGGAGGUUUCCAUAUCCUCAGAUUCAGAAAAACCAGGGAUCUUUAAUGCCUCUCCAGCUUCUGCAGUGCAUUGUUGAUGAGGAUUCGCCCGUCCUUCCGGUUGGAGAGUUCUCCGAGCCAUUUGUACAUUUCAUCACUCAGUGCAUGCGAAAACAGCCAAAAGAAAGGCCAGCACCUGAGGAAUUGAUGGGCCACCCGUUCAUCGUGCAGUUCAAUGACGGAAACGCCACCGUGGUGUCCAUGUGGGUGUGCCGGGCGCUGGAGGAGAGGCGGAGCCAGCAGGGGCCGUCAUGAGGCCGCGGCUAGUCGCUGGAAGUCCAGGACCAAGGGGCACAGCCCACCUGUUGCCCCCUCUCCAUUUGCUGCCUGCACCAGAGCUCGCUGGGCCCGGCUUCCCUGCUGUCACCUUCGACUCCGCGGGCAGAUGGCCUGGCCGGGGGCGUGGCGGCCCCUCCCGUCGGGAGGCCCUGACUGGCAGGGUGGGCAGAGGGGGCAGGCAGCGCGAAUGGAGGCUCCUGUGUUCCCCGCCCUCCGUUCCCCUAACGUUGUUCUUUGUAAAGGUCAGACCCCACCAGCCUCGCUGUGGGAAUAAAAGUAUUACCGCUCUGUGA